AUGAAUCCAAAACAUUCAAAAUUAGUUGAAGGUGAAGAUAGUGAAGAGGAACAAGAUGAAUACUAUGAAGAAGAACAACAAGAAGAAAAAGAAGUUGUAGAGGAGGAGGAAUAUGAAGAACAAGAAGCUGUAGAAGAAGAAUAUGAAGAAGAAUAUGAAGAAGAAGGAUAUGAUGAAGAAGAGUUAGCUUUAGGUUUAGAUUUAUUGGAUUAUAUGAAAGAUACACCACCAAAAAACAAUGAUAACAAUAAUGAAAUCAAUAAUGAUAAUGUUGAAAAUAAUCAUGAUAAUAAUAAUAAUAAUAAUAAUAAUAAUAAUAAUAAUAAUAAUAAUAAUAAUAAUAAUAAUAAUAAUAAUAAUAAUAAUAAUAAUAAUAAUAAUAAUAAUAAUAAUAAUAAUAAUAAUAAUAAUAAUAAUAAUAAUAAUAAUAAUAAUAAUAAUAAUAAUAAUAAUAAUAAUAAUAAUAAUAAUAAUAAUAAUGAAGAUCAUAAUGAUAAUGAUGAUAAUAAUAAUAAUGAUAAAGAAGUUUAUUUAUCACCAGAUAUUAAAUUCUCUGAAAUUAAAGAUUUUAAAAACAAUAGCGAUAGUGUAAUUAUAAAUAAUGUUUUAACAUCUUCAAAUUUUCAAUUUGAACUUGAAAAUGGUAAAGCAUUUGAAGAGAUUGAAAAAUUAAAAAAACAAAAAGAACAACAAGAAGAGGAAGAAAGAUUAGAGAAUAAGAGAUUGGAAAAAGAGUUGGAAGAAAAGAGAAUAGCCGAAGAGUUAGCAGUCGCUGCCCAAAUAGAAAAAGAGAGAUUAGAACAAGAGAAAUUAGAAAAAGAAUUAGAAGAAAAAAGAAUCGCUGAUGAGUUGGCUGCUCAAUUAGAAAAAGAGAGAAUCGAAAAAGAAUUAGAAGAAAAGAGAAUCGCCGAUGAAUUGGAAAGAGAAAGAUUGGAACAAGAGAGAAUCGAAAAGGAAUUAGAAGAAAAGAGAAUAGCUGAUGAAUUGGCUGCUCAAUUAGAAAAAGAAAGAUUAGAGCAAGAAAGGUUAGAAAAAGAGAGAAUUGAAAAAGAAUUAGAAGAAAAGAGAAUCGCUGAUGAAUUGGCUGCUCAAUUAGAAAGAGAAAGAUUAGAAAAAGAGAGAUUAGAAAAAGAGAGAUUAGAAAAAGAGAUAUUAGAAAGAGAAUUAGAAGAAAAGAGAAUCGCUGAUGAAUUGGCUGCUCAAUUGGAAAAAGAAAGAUUAGAAAAAGAAAAGUUAGAACAAGAAAGAUUAGAGAAUGAGAGAAUCGAAAAAGAAAUAGAAGAAAAGAGAAUCGCUGAUGAGUUGGCUGCUCAAUUAGAAAAAGAAAGAUUAGAAAAGGAAUUGGAAGAAAAGAGAAUCGCUGAUGAAUUGGCUGCUCAAUUAGAAAAAGAAAGAUUAGAACAAGAAAGAAUCAAAAAAGAAUUAGAAGAUAAGAGAAUAGCCGAUGAAUUGGCCACUCAAUUGGAAAAAGAGAGAAUCGAAAAGGAAUUAGAAGAAAAGAGAAUAGCCAAUGAAUUGGCUACUCAAUUAGAAAAAGAAAGGUUAGAAAAAGAGAGAUUAGACAAGGAAAUAGAAGAAAAGAGAAUCGCUGAUGAAUUGGCUGCUCAAUUAGAAAAAGAAAGAUUAGAACAAGAAAGAUUAGAAAAAGAGAGAUUAGAAAAGGAAUUGGAAGAAAAGAGAAUCGCUGAUGAAUUGGCUGCUCAAUUAGAAAAAGAAAGGUUAGAACAAGAGAGAACCGAAAAGGAAUUAGAAGAAAAGAGAAUAGCUGAUGAAUUGGCUGCCCAAUUAGAAAAAGAAAGGAUAGAACAAGAAAGAUUAGAGCAAGAAAGAAUUCAAAAUGAGUUGGAGGAAAAGAGAAUAGCUGAUGAAUUGGCUAUUCAAUUAGAAAAAGAAAGAUUAGAAAAAGAAAGAUUGGAGCAAGAGAGAUUGAAAAAAGAGAGAUUGGAACAAGAAAGAUUGGAGCAAGAAAAAAUAGAAAAAGAAAGAUUGGAAAAAGAAAGGUUAGAGAAGGAAUUAGAAGAUAAAAGAAUUGCUGCUGAAUUGGAUGCUCAAUUAGAAAGAGAAAAAUUGGAACAAGAAAGAUUAGAGAAAGAAAGAAUAGAGAAAGAAUUAGAGGAUAAGAGAAUCUCUGAUGAAUUGGCUGCUCAAUUAGAAAAAGAUAGAUUGGAACAAGAAAGAUUAGUAAAGGAAUUAGAAGAAAAGAGAAUAGCUGAUGAAUUAGCCGCUCAAUUAGAAAAGGAAAGAUUAAUGCAAAUCGAAAAAGAAUUAGAGGAAAAGAGAAUAGCCGAUGAAUUAGCAGUCGCUGCUCAAUUGGAAAAAGAAAGAUUAAUGCAAAUCGAAAAAGAAAAACAAGAGGAAGAAAGACAGAGAUUAGCUCAAAUUGAAAAAGAGAGACUAGAGAGAGAGAAAUUAGAAAAGGAAGCAGAAGAAAAAAGAUUAGCAAAGGAAUUAGAAAAAGAAAAACAAGAAGAAGAAAAACAAACACAAUUAAAAAAAGAAAAAGAAAAAUUAAAACCAAAACAUAAAGAAGCACAAAAGUUCACAUACGGUGAAGAAAGUGACGAAGAGGACUAUGAUGAUGAUAACGAUGAUGAUAAUGAUGAUGGUGAUAAUGAUAAUGAUUGUAGUGAUAAUUGUCAUAGUGAAAGUUUGGACAAUAAACAACAACAGCAAUUUGUAAAUAGUAGUAAUAAUGAAUUAACAUCAUCAUCAUCAUCAAUUAGUGAGUCAACAACAACAACAACUUCUUCUUCUUCUUCAACUAAUGUAUUCAUACAUAAGGCACCUGAACCAAUACCUCAUAGAAAAGUAUCUUUCUCUUCAAUUCUACCAUGGAAUAGGUCUACAAAUACACCAAUCACAACUAAUAAUAUAACCAACUCAAAUACAAAUACAAAUUCAACAACACCACCAAUUGUUCCAUCAUUAAGUGAAUCAUCAUUAUUUUCAUCGUCAAACACCAAUUCAAAUAAAUCAUCAGCAACUUCAAUAUCGAAUAAGAGUAGUUUAGUUACAUCAUCACCAACAUCAACAGCUACAAAUUUAACAGAACCAUCACCAUCACCAAGAGGUCAAAGAGAAUUAACUGAUCCACAAAAUUCUGUUAUUUGUUUGGAUUUAUUAGAUCCAGUUCCAAAGGAAAAGAAUUUAAAAAAUAAACAUUUCGAUAUAAGUUUUGGAAUUCAAAAGAAGUAUACAGAAUUAUUUUCAACAUUGAAUAAAGAAUUAGCAUCUUCAAAUUAUGAUUCCUCUGUAUCAUCUACAAUCUUUAGCCUCAAAGAUAUUUCAAAACACAGAAAAAAUAUAAACUUAGAUAUGGUCGCUUUAUCGAAAUCAAUUUGUAGUAGUCCAUUCUGUUAG